AUGCCAAACGAACCACAUAAAUUUUUACAAAAUUACUUUAUGGGUGGUGAGGACUCUAAAAGCGCACUUGCCAAUCGCGUGGAUGCACUUUGUAGUUACAAUAACAUUAAUUCACCUUUUGCCAGACGCAUCGUCGGUGAUCUGGACGCUUUAUUGAAUGAGCACAAUGGAUUGUUGAAAUUAUUCAAAUCACACAUGCACAAAUUACAAAGUGACAAUCACGCAAUUGUCAUCAAUCCUGAUAAAACAUCAGCUGGAGAGCACAUUCGUAGAUUCAAUGCACCUGUAGUUGACGACGUUGCUGGAAUCAUGGUUGGCGACCGUACAGCUACACGAGAAAUCGUGAUUCGAAGAAGAAAUAAUAAUAUUGAGUUCAUUGCUGAUACACACCGUUCAUACGACGCUCUCCAAUAUCCGAUAAUGUUCUGGAAGGGACAAGACGGAUAUUGCAUAAAUAUUAAACAACGGGAUCCCGUAACAGGAGACGAAACAAACAAAAACAUUAGCUCAAAAGCUUAUUAUGCGUAUCGUAUGAUGAUUAGACGCGGUCAGGACAACGUCGUUCUACGGUGUCGCGAGAUUUGCCAACAAUUCAUGGUCGACAUGUACGUGAAGAUAGAGAGCGAACGACUACGAUAUUUACGAUAUAAUCAACAAAAGCUGCGCAGUCCACGUCAUAUGCAAAAAUACAGCCAAGAUGCUCUAACUUACGUGCGCGAAUACGGCCGACCAUGUUUAUUUAUCACAUUCACAUGUAAUCCAAAAUGGCUGGAGAUAACAUCUUUGUUAUUGCCAGGACAAAAUGCAAUACAUCGGCAUGACAUUCCAGCACGUGUGUUCAAACAAAAAUUAAAGUCUUUAAUGAGUUUCAUUACAAAAUUACAUGUAUUCGGUCCCACACGUUGCUGGGUGUAUUCAGUUGAAUGGCAAAAACGAGGAUUACCUCAUGCACACAUUUUGGUUUGGUUAAUCGACAAAAUACGUCCUGAAGAAAUCGAUAGUAUAAUUUCUGCUGAAAUUCCAGAUAUGUCUACUGAUACAUUACUGUUUGAUAUUGUUACGACAAACAUGAUUCAUGGGCCAUGCGGUAAUCUGAAUAGUUCAUCGCCAUGCAUGGCAAAUGGAAAAUGUACAAAGAGUUUUCCUAUAGAAUUCAGUAACGAUACGAUCACAAAUGUAGACGGAUAUCCAAUAUAUCGUCGGAGAAAUACCGAUAAUGGCGGGCAAUCUUUUACAAAAAAUAUCAAAAACGUAGACAUUGACAUUGACAAUCAUUGGGUGGUGCCAUAUUCGCCUCUGCUGAGUAAAACAUUCAAUGCUCAUAUUAAUGUUGAAUUCUGCAAUUCGGUGAAGAGCAUCAAAUACAUUUGUAAGUAUGUGAAUAAAGGAAGUGAUAUGGCUGUAUUUCAUAUUGAAAAUACCAAUGUGAAUGCUCCUCCUGUGAAUAACAACAAUGAAAUAACUCUUUACCAAAUUGGCCGGUACAUCAGUUCCAAUGAGGCUCGCGUAUUUUUCACGACCGACACAGCGAUUGAUCGUGCUAUAAAUCCACCAAAAACUACACUCACCAAAUUUUUUGAAUUGUGUAAUCGUGUGGAUGCUUUUGGUACCUUUGCACGAACACUACUCUAUUCAGAAGUACCACACUAUUUUGAAUGGGCUCAAACAAAAAAAUGGGCACCACGCAAGCAAGGCACACCGAUUGAUGCAUGCCCCGGUUUAUUCAAAUCAAACCCUUUGGGGCGAGUAUUUACAGUCAAUCCAAGGCAGACUGAGUGUUUUUAUUUGCGACUGUUGUUGGUUAAUGUAACUGGCCCAUUGUCAUUUCAAGAUAUACAUAAAGUGAAUGGACAACAGUAUCCAACGUAUAAAGAUACAUGCCUUGCCCCCGGCUUGCUGGAAGACGACAACCAGUGGGACUGUAUGCUCCCUGAAGCAGCAUUGAACUGUACAUCAAUACAAAUUCGUCUACUAUUCGCUAUAGUGUUGACUACAUGUUUCCCAGCCCGAGCGGAGAUUUUGUGGAAUAAUCACAAAAAUACAAUGACGGAUGAUAUAUUGCAUCGACAUCGUACACGGUGGAACGAUCUAACAAUAAUAUUCAGCGACGCUAUGUACAAUGAAGCAUUAAUUGCUAUCGAGGAUCUAUGUAUUGCCAUUGCCAAUUUACCCCUCAGUCAUUUCGUAUAA